UUUCAGGUGGUGGUGACAAUGGAAGGGGAGUUUGUGAACAUUGGAUCGGUAGUGUAGGGUUACUGGUUUUGCUUGCACGAGAAACGACAUGGAAAAUUUAGGUGGAGAGCCUAAUAACUUACUGGAGCAACUCUACCGUCAUUUUAAUUACACACAAUUUAAAAACGAUGUGCAGCGGCAAGUAAUAGAAAGAGUAUUGGCAGGGAAUGUUGAUUUAUUCGUCCGUAUGUCCACUGGCUCAGGGAAGUCAUUAUGUUACCAGAUGCCAGCAGUAUUGCAGAAGGGAAAGAUCACUAUUGUUUUUGCUCCCCUUCUGUCACUAAUUAAGGACCAGAUAGACCAUUUAAAGGAGUAUGGAAUUGUUGGCAGUACAAUAAAUUCAAGAAUGUCAAAGUCAGAAGUAAAAAAUAUCAUACAGGAUCUGAAUUCAGACAAUCCUAAAAUAUCUCUUCUCUAUUUAACACCAGAAGGAGCUAAUAGUCAACGUAUCAAGGAAAUAAUUGACACCCUAUACAAUAGAAGUAAACUGUCAUACAUUGUGAUUGAUGAGGCACAUUGUGUAUAUGAAUGGGGUCUGGGCUUCCGACCCGAUUACAUGAAUCUCGGAAAGCUACGUGCAAUGUAUCCUGACAUUCCAUGUAUUGCUCUGACAGCAACUGCUACUGAUCAGGAAAUGGCAGCAAUUACUUCAUUUCUUAAUCUUCGCAGACCAGUAGCAGUAUUCAGAAUGCCAUGCUUCAGGUCAAAUAUAUUUCUGGAAGUUGUUUCCAGAAAAAAAGUAAAUGUGUAUGAAGACUUAAAGAAAUUCAUUUCUGUUAGUUUAGCUGAGAGUUAUAAUAUUAAUAAGAAGACUUCUAAUGGGUGUGGUAUUAUCUACUGUCUGAGGCGUCGAACUACAGAGACAGUGGCUUCAGUCCUCAGAGGUAUGGGUGUGUCCUGUUCUGCAUAUCAUGCAGGACUAAAACAUGAGAGGAGAACACAAAUCCAAGAAGAAUGGAUGAGUGGAAUUACUGCAGUUAUAUGUGCAACAAUUAGUUUUGGAAUGGGGGUGGACAAGACAUCUGUCAGAUUUGUAGUUCACUGGAACCUUCCAAGAACAUUAUCCUCAUUUUGUCAACAAGCUGGGAGGGCAGGACGAGAUGGAAAACAAUCAUGGUGCCGGGUAUACUAUGAGACUGAAGAGAAAAUCCAUAGAAUAUCAUUGAUACAGAGACGUAUUACGAGGUAUAAAUCCAAAUGUAAAAAAAACAAUGCCGAGAAUGAACUUAAGGAAUUUGAAAAAGUGGUCAGAUAUUGUGAAGCUGUCAUGUGCCGACAUAACAUCAUUUCAGAACAUUUUGGUGAUCCCAAAGUACUGUGCAACAAACAGUGUGAUGUUUGUGCAAGCAAACCCCCAGCAGGAAAUGCAAUGCUAACUCUUUUGAGUUCCAAAUACAGCAGAACAGAGAACUGUCAGUUACAAAUAAAUAAAAGCACUGCAGAUACAGAAGAAAAGAGGUCACUGAGUACCAUCUGCUCAGAUCGGUUUGAUGAUUCACUGGCAGAAUGGACCACAUUACAUGAUAAUUCAGAAAAUGAAAACAAAAAAGUUGCAGAAAAGAGCAGCACGAUAAUUCACAACAAUGCAGAGGUCACCCUAAACAAUGAUGGAAGUUCAACACACUGUAAGUCUGAACUUGCCAUAAAGAGAGAUACAAAAAAAAUCGAUGAAAGCUGUUCAUCAUCCUUCCACAGAAAAACUGAAAUGAAAAGAAUCCAUACUGAAGAUAAGGAUGAGCACAGAAACAAUUUAGAAUGUAACGUCAAGAGAAUCAGACCAGUACAGUCAAAAAAAGAAGUGGAAGGUGAUAACAUCCAAGAGGAAUAUAUGAAAUUAAAAUGCUACAAAGUACAACUUGAAAUCUUGAAGCUUGAAAGAGAAUUAAAUGUCUCCUUCUCCAUGGACAGAGCAUUUUAAGUGAGUGGACUCACACAGAUAUUUGUCGAAUAACAAAGAUAUUUACUAGAACGGACAAAUCAAAAUUUGUUCUUGAUGAGUAUAGAUCAUGUAGUUACUGAUGUAAAACUGUUUACAGAUCUAAUUUUUUCCCCACAUAUAACAAGCCAGAUUUUAGCAACGAGUACAAACUAAAAUCUGAAAACUACAAUUAGUUUUUUUUUUAUUUAUGAUAUCUUUGAACUAAUAAUUUGUGACAACUGCAACUUGGGGUAGGAAUUUUAUGAGUGUUUGUCACAUGCAUUUAGCCCCGUUUUGAGAUAAUCUUUUCAUAUUUUGUGUUACAUGAGAGUAUUAUGCAACCUAGCAAUGUGAUGUGUGAAAUAAUUUAUGUAAA